GGCGCCUCCAGUAGUAUAAGGUCAGUGCACAUACGACACGGACUUAUCUCACCGCGAGAAAAUACACGAAACAGACAUGGGCAAGCAGGUGUUGCUGUUGGCGCCUUUGGUGCUCUUGGCGCUAGGAAGCGUUGAAGGUCAACGUUACCGCAACUAUUACGCCCGGGAUUACUUGGGCCGCGACUUAUACGAGCACGGCCGAUCGAUAUCCGACAACCUGGUGACAUGCGGGCCCCAUACCUGUGGAGUUGGAGCCCAUUGCAUCCACGGCAGUGUGAGGCCCGUCUGCGCUUGCCUCCCUGGAUACUCCGGGGACGCUCUGAGCCAGUGCAUCAAGAUCGAGUGCAUUGACAACAGCGAGUGCCGCGGCCACCAGAGCUGUGUAAACCAACACUGUGUCGACCCCUGCGUCGGCGCCUGUGGUGUUAAUGCCAACUGCGAUGUUCGAAACCACAUUCCCGUCUGCUCUUGCCCACCUGGCUACACUGGCAAUCCUUUCAGCUCUUGCAGAAUCGCCGACCCAGAGGAAGCUUGUCACCCAUCUCCCUGUGGAGCUAACACAAAGUGCCAUGUUGCUAACAACCAGGCUGUCUGUACUUGCCUGCCAGGAUACAGGGGCAGUCCAUUAACAGGCUGUCACCACGAAUGCGAAUCUGAUGGCGAGUGUGGUGCUCAGCAAUCAUGCCGAGACUUCAAGUGUAUCAGUCCCUGUGGAGACUGCGGCGUCAACGCAGACUGUGAAACUGUCGCCGCUCACCGCGCCAUCUGCAAAUGUCCUAGAGGUUACCACGGCGAUCCCUACAGGAUUUGUUCUGCUGAAUGUACCUCAGACAGUGAAUGUCCCAGCUACAAACCCGCCUGUAUCUACAACGCAUGUGUCGACCCCUGUAUCAACGCUUGUGGAACUAACGCCGAAUGUCACCUCCGUGGACUUACACCCGUCUGCUCCUGCCCUAGAAACAUGACUGGAGAUCCCUUCUCCUACUGCAGGCCUUUCGAAGCCCGUGACCUUUGCGAGCCUAACCCCUGCGGUGCUAACGCUAAGUGCACACCUGGCCACGACCGCACUGGAGCUGAGCGUCCAGUCUGUACCUGCCCUGCUGGAUACAUUGGAAAUGCCCUCGUGUCUUGCGAACGUGGUGAUUGCGAGUUGGACUCCCAGUGCCCAGACAACCUCGCUUGCGUUGGUUACCGUUGCUUGGACCCUUGUCUCGGCAACACUCAAUGCGGCUCUGGAGCCGUCUGCAUGGCCCGUAGACACAUCGCUGUCUGUACUUGCCCUAACGGACGCAACGGUGAUGCCCUCGUGAACUGCUACGAUACUCAGUCAGUAGUCGCCACUGGUCGUUACUACAGGUUCAAGCGCGACGGUAACUACUCCAGCCAACCUGAAGAUGUCAAAGUACCUGAAGCCCCCGCCGUGGUCGUCGCCGAGGUCAAGGAAGCCGAAACCCAAACGAAAGCUGAAGAAAAGAAAGAAUAAAUUUACCGAUUAAUCGAUUUAAAACAAUCGUAAAAGCGCAGGCCAAUAAAUUAGUUGCACGUAGUGUCAAAUUUGACGUUCACUGUCAUAGAGUGCCUUGUUAAAGAAAUUGCCCGCGCUUUUAAUCUCAAAAUGAUGAACGGAUUAAACAAAAAAUAAUUUAAACUUUCAAUUCGAUAGUUGUUACAACUUGUUGUCGAUAAAUAAAACUUAUAAUUUAAGUUAGAAAUUUAUGAAAUAAAGUAAAAUGAUGACUUGUGAUAACGAAGCACAUUUAGUUAUUUAUUAUUGCUCUCUUUUUCUAUCGUUGGGAAACAAAAAGAAGAGGCAAUAUGUCCGUGCUCAUAUUGAAUUGAAAGUUUGAAGUAAGCUUGUGUUUAACCAGAUAACGCCAACUGUGGAACGAACGCUCUCUCUUUGUGAAAUAGUCUCAUUGUCAACGUUGAUCAAUCUGUUAUGUUGUUGAUUAAUUAUGGUUACUAAUAAGUGAAUACUGCCAGUUCAAAUAAAAUUGUCGCUAUUA